AUGAUCAUCAGUCAGCUAGCUGCGUCGGCGGUAGCUCUGGCCAUCAUGGUAAUCAUAAUGAUGGCACGACCGGCGAUCCAGGAGGAGAUCCAUGUCACCAACAAGCUGAGCAGCAAGAUACUGAUAGCGCAUUGCAAGUCGAAAGACGACGAUCUUGGCGCCCAUGCCAUCCCCAUCGGCGAGGACAUCGGUUGGCAGUUUGGGGGCAAAGUCGGAACACAUUUCUGGUGCGACCUCGCGGUCGAAGAUAAGCGUCUUACUUUCGUCUCGUACGAUUGGUGGGACGCAGAUAGGUACAGUAGGAACUGGGAUGUCCGUGAUGACGGGGUUUAUGGGACACGGGUGCGUGAUAGCCUCACGUUUUGUGCGGCUUUAGCGACGACAAUGAUCACCGCGCUCGCGCCGCGAUCUUCCGUCCAGGAAAUAGUUUACGUCGCCAACAAUGUAACCUACGGCAAGGCAGUAAUUGUGCAUUGUCAAUCCGGAGACGACGAUCUCGGCGGCUUCGCGGUGGCCGUCGGGUACCGCAUCCAUUGGCAAUUCUCGCCGAAUUUAUUCGGCGGGACGCUUUUCUGGUGCAAACUUGCAUUCGAAGAUCGGCGCGCUUCUUUCGUGGCAUACGACCAAAGGACUUCUCCAGAAACCGUAAAAUGGACUGUCAAUGACGACGGGGUUUACGGGAAGCUCCACGGCGGAACGCCGUAUUUACAUGCUGCAUGGGACGACGAUGAAUCGGAAGAAUUCAAGUCUUCGUCCUCCGCCGGCAAAAUUGAAGCCUACAAGAAGCAGUCGUCCGAUGAGGGAGAGACAGAUCUAAGAUGGAGACGGAUUGGUGGCGGAGGCGAAACAGUGGUGAUGGAGAAGGAAAGGGAGGAUUGCUCGAAGGAGGUUCUGGGUGGUGGUGGAGCGAUGACGAACUGGUGGUGGAUGGUAGUGUAUCGGACGGGAGGGUUAUUCGUGGUGGGGGUGGCGAUGGCAAAACUGGUGGCGGCGGAUUGGUUCAGGUAA